AUUACUACAGACUUUGUUUAAUAUAUGUGCCAUAUUUCAAUCAAAUAUCGUGAACGGUUACAGUAUUAUUGAGUUAACACGAACAAUCGAAUUACUGUAUCCCACGGGAACCGUAACUAUUACCAAAAUCAAAAGUAACUGCUAAAUUUCAUGGAGAUCUGUUCAGCAGUUUAGGCUAAAAUAUACAUUCGUCCAUCUAAACAUUAAAAUUUAUAAAAAAAAGUAAACUAACUUAAUCUUUGGAACGUCACGAGGGCGACUAAAAAAAUUACGUAGUCUGUCGCAACGAUCGUGAGUGACGAGGCGAGAUGCGCCUGACUUUGUAUUUUAUAUGAAUUUUGCCUUACAAUAAAUUCAUACCAGAGACUCGUAGAGAGAUUGUUAUUUCUACAGAAUUGUUUUAAAAAUAACCAACGUCUGUUACUUCAGAUAAAGUAAAGAAAUAGUCUACAACUAUGGAUAAUCUAGAUAUUUGUAUAUCUAAAUUAGCAAUUAAAGUUGAUGAUAUAACCAAAAGAAUGUUAUUGAGGAAACAAACUAAGUUUUCAGGUGGCCGCUUAAAUAGACAUCAAAAAUAUACAUUUCCAGAAUCAAUGCCGAGUAGUGUAGAAAAUGUAAAAGAGACCACCGACACUGAUAACAGAAAAAUGCGAAAUGGAAUUAAAAGAAAAAUUAAUGACGAACUGAAAAUGCCCAAUAACUUCACAUGCGAUCAUUGUGGUAAAUGUUUUCUAACGAAAAGUUUACUGAAGAAACAUAUAAUAGAAGAAAAUAAACUUGACCAGACAAAGAAUACAGAUAUUCAAGAAAGACCUUUCUUUAACGAUUUCUUUUACUGUGACGUUUGUGAAUUUAAAACUAAAGUGAAGCUUUGUAUCGAGACGCAUUUAAAAGUACAUGCAGCUAAGACAGUAAACACUCAUGUCUAUGGACACAAAUGUACACUUAAAGAACACUUAAACAAAGAUUACCUAACACAUACAGAUGAGAAACCAUUCUCAGGUAAUUUCUGUAAAUAUACAUGUUCAGAAAAAGGUCGUUUAGAAAUACAUUUAAUAACACACACAGGUGAGAAACCUUUAUCAUGUCACCUUUGUAAAUAUACAUGUACCCAUAAUGCCACUUUAACAAAUCAUUUAAGAACACACACAGGUAAGAAACCAUUCUCAUGUCACUUAUGUAAAUAUAAAUGUGCACGAAAAGACCAAUUAAAUUUGCAUUUAAGGACACACACAGGUGAGAAACCUUUCUCAUGUCACUUAUGUAAAUAUACAUGUACUCAAAAUAGCAGUUUAAUAAAACAUUUCCGAACACAUACAGAUGAGAAGCCAUUCUCAUGUAAUUUCUGUAAAUAUACAUGUGCAAAUAAAGAUCGUUUGAAAAUACAUUUAAGAACACACACGGGUGAGAAACCUUUUUCAUGUCACUUAUGUAAUUAUACAUGUGCCCAAAAUGGCAGUUUAAUAAAUUAUUUAAGAACACACACGGGUGAGAAACCAUUCUCAUGUAAUUUAUGUAAAUAUAAAUGUGCAAGAAAAGACAGUUUAACAUUACAUUUAAGAAAACAUACAGGUAAGAACCCAUUCUUAUGUCACUUAUGUAAAUAUACAUGUGCACAUAAAGGUCGUAUAAAAACACAUUUAAGAACACAUACGGGUGAGAAACCAUUCUCAUGUCACUUAUGUAAAUAUACAUGUGCCCAACAUGGCAGUUUAGUAAAUCAUUUAAGAACACACACAGGUGAGAAACCAUUCUCAUGUAAUUUAUGCAAUUAUAAAUGUGUACGAAAAGACAGUUUAAUAAUACAUCUAAAAAGAAAACACACAAGUGAGAAACCAUUCUCAUGUAAUUUCUGAAAAUAUACAACUGCACAAAAAGGCCAUCUAAAUAUACAUUUAAAGACACACAGAUGAGAAACCAUUCUCAUGUCACUUAUGUAAAUGUAAAUGUGCACGAAAAGGCCAUUUGAAUUUGCAUUUAUGGACACACACAGGUAAAAAAUAAUUCUCAUAAAAAGAGAUUCAAGAAUACACACAGGUAACUAGUCAUUCGUGUUUUGUUUAUAAUAGGCCAAUUCAAAUCAAACUAAUCUUUGUUUGGGUAAGAAUACAAAUAUAGCCCCGCAAAAAACAUAUGAUUGGUUUGUCAGCGGGUGCGGUGUUAAAAUAUGUGGCGUGUAGUAGUGUCGUUGUGGAGUGUAUUUUAGUUGUAUAAUGACAUUUUUUUUAUGUGAUAUAUUAUAUCAAAUAUGUACAUAAUAUAUUGUAUAAAUGAAAUACUCUCUUCAUGGGUUAUUUUCAAAGAGAUGGCUUUCCAAACUCUUAAUAAAUAAUUUGAAUUUUGAAUUUAGAUUUGCUAUUUCAGGUAUUGAGCAUGUAUGGUAAACGUUUUCCGUAAUAAUUAUAAUAUUAAUUCAGGGUACUAUGUAUUGUGUACGAGAGGGUGCACUAGUGCUGUGUUUUUUUUUAUAUAAUAUAAGGUGGCAAACGAGCAAACGGCAUGAAUCCACUGAAAUGGAGUGAUCGCUGCA